AUGUCUGCCCUCCGGCGCCGCAUCGGUAACGUCCUACGAGAUUCACCAUCUCCUUCCCCCAGUCGAGAUACAACCCCCGAUCCCAACGAUGAGGUCAAGGUGGUGUCGAAAAAGAAGCUCGAGAAGAUCAGAAAGCAUGGGAGCAGCAAAAGAAGAACCGGGGCUAUCUUCGGACUUGGGGGACUGCUCGGCCUGCUUUUGGCCCUGAUAUUUGCUCAAUCACAAGACGUUAUCAAGCUGGAAGGACUGUUGGAUGUCAAUCUGGAUAGUUUGAUGGAUGUUAUCCCUGCCGGGAUUGUAAAAGAUGUCAAAGACUUGUCCAAGGCUGAAAGAGAAGCCGCCAACUACGACUCAUUCGCAGUUGGUUUACACUUGCAAUCACAGGGUAUCAGAGCACACCAUCCAGUGAUCAUGGUUCCUGGAGUGAUCUCAACCGGGCUGGAGUCAUGGUCCACAGGCGAGAAAUCGAGGCCGUACUUCCGCAAACGACUCUGGGGAUCAUGGUCGAUGAUGAGAGCACUGGUACUGGAUCAGGCGCUGUGGAAAAGGCAUAUCAUGCUGGACAAGGAGACAGGACUCGACCCCCCAGAAAUCAAGCUCCGAGCAGCUCAGGGGUUUGACGCUACCGACUUCUUCAUCACUGGAUACUGGAUAUGGAACAAGAUCCUAGAGAAUCUUGCGACCAUUGGCUACGACCCAACGAAUGCGUUUACGGCCGCCUACGAUUGGCGGCUCUCGUAUCUCAACCUCGAGUAUCGCGAUCAGUAUUUUACCCGGCUGAAGAACUAUAUCGAGGUGGCGCACAUGACAUCUGGUAAGAAGACUGUUCUAAUUUCGCACUCGAUGGGCAGUCAGGUCCUGUUCUACUUCAUGAAAUGGGUCGAGCACAGACAUCAUGGUAAAGGGGGAUCUCGAUGGGUUAAUGAUCAUAUCGACUCCUGGAUCAACAUCUCUGGAUGUAUGCUUGGAACCGCCAAGGGUAUUCCUGCUGUUCUGUCGGGAGAGAUGAAGGACACAGCACAGUUAAACGCGUUUGCAGUCUACGGACUGGAGAAAUUUCUAUCUAAAGAAGAUCGUGCAGAGCUGUUUCGAGCCAUGCCUGGGAUCUCUUCGAUGUUGCCGAAAGGUGGCGAGGCAGUUUGGGGGAACAGCACAUGGGCACCAGACGAUCUACCCUCGUCACAGCAAAACACCAGUUACGGCGUAUUCCUCUCUUUUGGACCGAAGCAAAAUUCGACCAAGCUGCCCGGCAAGAACCUGACAAUGACGGAGUCUAUGGAGUACCUAAUGAAUAUCACCGAGCCAUGGUACCAGAAUCAGGUCAAGGGGUCUUAUUCCCAUGGAGUGGCGCACACAAAGGCAGAGGUUGAGAGGAACGAAGACGACCCCCGAACCUGGCUGAAUCCACUAGAAGCUCGACUUCCUCACGCGCCAGACCUGAAGAUUUUUUGCUUCUAUGGGAUCGGAAAGGCCACGGAAAGAGCUUACUUUUACAAAAACAACGAGAACCCUUUUCAUGGAAAUGUCAAUAUCUCGAUAGACACGUCCAUCACGUCGCCUAAUGGGCGCUUACAGGACGCGGGCUCGGUGGAUCACGGCGUAGUGUUCGGGGAAGGCGAUGGAACCGUGAACCUCCUGUCAACAGGAUAUAUGUGCGCCAAAGGGUGGAAGAAGAUCAAACGAUAUAACCCUGCAGGAGUCAAAGUCACCACCUAUGAAAUGCCGCAUGAGCCAGAUAGGUUCAAUCCUCGAGGCGGCCCCAAUACCGGCGAUCACGUCGACAUCCUUGGGCGAAGCAGUCUGAAUGACUUGGUUCUUCGGGUGGCCGGAGGUAAAGGAGAUCUGAUUGAAGAAAACUACCAGAGUCGCAUAUGGGAGAUCAGCGAGAGAGUCCAGAUCCCCGAACAAGGAUGA